AUGGCGCCGCCGCGCCGCGCUCUACUCGCCCUCGCCGCUCUCCUCUCCCUCUCCCUUGCUGCCGCCGCCUUUCAGUCCGACGAGCUCCUCCUCAACGACGACGACGAGUUCGAGGGCGUCGGCGCCCGCCCCUCCGCUCCCUCCCCGCCGGCGGCCCCGGCGGUCUCCUCCUCCCGCCGCAGAUCCGCGGACGCGCCGUUGCCCGGGGCAGGCGAGUCCAACGCAGUGCAGUUCACGCUCGAGCACGACCUUGGCGGUGGCAAGGGCUUCGUCCCAGCUGGAACCUUCUCGGCCCGCCUCAAGACCUUCGCCCAUGGCACGCAGGUGGGUCCCAGUCUCUCUUUGGUUGCUAUCUCGAUUGUUUGGUUGGUUCGCCUAUAUGGUUGGCCUGGUUACGCUCUGGUCAAUGGAUCUGGGAUGGCUAGCUCUUAG